AUGAACUUUGGAUCGAAAGCUGGCGCGGCCCUGAAGAAUACGCAGCAGCCGACAUACCACCUCGCGCCUAGCUUCACAACUCGCCCGUUUCCCGACGGGCCCCUCGAUUUAGGCACUGUUGUCGAGGACCUGCAGUCAUUCCAUCCCAUCAACCAGAGCACUUCGCGCAUCGCCAUCCCAGAUGGCCAGCGAUAUGUAGACGUCAAGGAAGACGUCACGGCCAGCGCUAAGUCGUCAUUCAGCGGCGAGGCCAGCUUUUUCAUCAGGGUCCUCGACGGCAGCAUCGGCGGCGAUGCAAGCCUCAAGAGCCAGCGGAGCGAGGAAAACGUGUACACAGUCGCGCGGCUGGAGACGGCCUACUUUUACCCCUCACCGAGCUAUAUCAAGCAGUGCCUGCGGCUCACCGAGGUGAAUGACUACCUGGACAUGGCGAACCACAAGGCACCCGUAUAUCUCAUUACGGGACUAAAGAUUGCCUGGGGCGCUACGGUC